AUGAACAGAUGGAAGGAAAAGGCUUUUCAUGGAAGGUUCCCUCACGAUACCACUCAAAAUCCAUCUACUUCAAAUUCUGUAGCUACAGUAGAAAUUCAAGAUAGGCAAAGUCAUCGACCUUUAGCUAUUACAUCUAUUGCACAAGAAUUAAGUGCUUCUACGUCUGCCGAUUUGGCAGAAAGUCAAGAGAUUUUGACUAUUGCUGAAACGCAUCGUCAACCAAGUGCAUCACUGGCUGAACAACACGUCAUUGUAACUAUUGCUGAAGUGCAUAAUCAACAAAGUUCAACACUACCGAGACAACGGAACAUGGAAGCUGCAGCUGAAAUUAGCAUAGCCAAUGAACAAUUACACGCACCUUCAGAUCCAAUGGACAAAAUAGAAGAAUUUCACUAGCAACAGAUUAUUUCGCC